AUGACGAGCUUCUGGCUACAUGGUCCUCCAGUGAGGCUGUGCAUGGGCCUUGCCUGUAUCCUCUCUCUCUGGAAUACAGUGUCUGGUCUCAAAGGCGAAGGCAAGAAAGAUAAGGGAGUGGCUUUCCUACCUACAACAGAGUCUGUCUUCAAGGGAGAAGAGAAGAUGGUAAAAGGGGUAGAGGUUCUUGCAACCACGGAACUCCCAGCAAGGUCAGUUGAUCUGUCUGCACUCAACCUGACAGAGCUUGUGAAUGGGAUGCUCAGUAGAGCUUUAAAAGACAGCAAGCAAUUCUUCUCUGUGCUUAGCAUCACUUCUUAUAGUUCAUUUGCCUUUCACAAGGUUUCUGUGGCCAUCUAUAACAUUUCCAACCCAAAGACAGUUGACCCGGCCAAAUUUCCUACCAGGUACUGCUACUGUUUGAGCAAUCGGACCAAUGACUUAUCAGAUUUCACAGCUUUGCUGGUGGACAUCGUUGGAAAUUCCACCAGCUACCUCACUGAGAUUUUUAAGUCAACCUCCAUCCUCUCGGUGAGUCAGACCAAUGAAUCCGAUUGCGUCUUCAUCUGUGUGAUGGCGGGGAAGUCAGGAAGGAUUCUUUCUGACUUCUGGGAGAUGGUGGAGAAAUCCCCUGUCAUCAACUAUACAUUUACCAGUGGUGUUUUCAAUGCUUUGGGUGCAACUACCAGAGGACCAGCCAGGACUCCAGGGUUCACAACACAAAGCCAGCAGUCACUUCUAAGAUCAAAUCCUGCACACUGGAGCACGCAGCGGGUAUCUGCUCUAAAGACCUUCCCCUGGACAAAGACAAGUACUCCUUCAGAGAAAGACGUGAUAGAGAUGUUUCCAGAGCAUCCUGUUGGGACCAUAGGCAUACAGAGUAGUGCCACUCACACACAGCCAACCUCAGAUGCUGUUCCUGCAGAGGGGCCAUUCACCCCCAAGUCAGAACCAGCCCUGGUCCCAGCAUCCCAAGUUUCAAGGUGUCCUCAGCCACUCCUCAAAGAGGGGGCCAUUACAGAUGCUCCUCUGCCCCUGGCCAUGAAGAAGCUCAACCCAUGCCUGAUGGAACUCUGUCGCUACUUCCAGCAAUGCCUCUGUGCAAGCCAAAAGCGAGAUCUCAGUUCAGAAGCCAUGAGGUAA